UUAAAUCUGGUGGUCUCCCAUUAUUUGGUUCUCUUACGCUUAAUUCUGACCUUCCUGCAUACCCGAUCGUCCUCUGCACUCGCCACGCUUCAUUUCCUAGUCAACGCGUCUCCAACGUCUCUCUAUUUAAGGACUUUGGUCCAUGAUCCUCGCAAGUGGAUGCAUACAAGGAGCGACGACGAGGACGAUGAAAACGAUGAGGAUCGGAGUCUGGAUCUACUGGUGAGGUUCGUUCAGAGUGUCUUCAAGAAGGUGUCAAAGAGAACAAGGAAAGCAGUUCGAUCCGUUCUCCCUUUCCCCAUCUCCACCCAUUUGGUGGGAUUUUCUGUGAAUGGGACACUGUUGCUGACCUUCCUGUGGAUUUUGAAGGCGUUUCUUCAGGUGUUAUGCACGCUUGGAAGUGUAGUGUUUGUAAGCAUCUUAUUAAUCCGUGGGAUAUGGUCUGGUGUGAGCUUUUUGCAAGAAAGCCGAAACCAAAAAAUGGAUCAAUUAGAUAUGCGCAAUGCUUGGAAUAAUGGUGCACAGCCCGUAACUUGAACAGUUCAUCUACUCAUUUUGACAUGCACAAACAAGUCAAUAUUAAGACUUACUGCUACUCCUUAUCAAGACGGGGAAGUCGAACUACACUGCUACUGGAAACUUACAUUACUUCAAUUCUUAUUUGGCAAAGAAUAAAGAACACAGGAAGCUGCUGCGCCAUAUUAUAGCUGAUAUUGACUUACAGUUUAACUCUAUGUAAACCAUAUCACUAUUUGAUGCAUGUUAUGAAAUUGUCAGUGGUUAAAUGGUUUAAUAGGCACCUGGAAGGAGUUUGUUUUUCAGAUUAAUUAGCUGUUAUGUAGUAUGAUAACUGUUACUGUUGUGAACAUCUUUUUAAUAAUUGGUCUCAUUUAGUUCUUGAUUU